UCUGGCAACAGCGUGCUGAAACGCAAAUAAAAUGGCUGCCUGUGAUUAAUUUUGUUUACCAAAUCGCGUAUAAAGUUAUAUAGAUUAUUAUUUGUAGCUUCACCACGGCGGCGAUACCCAGCGGAGUCGCCAGAUGGGCAACACCGGGUCAGGUAGCAAACGCGACCGGGCCUUCUCCACGGACACGGAUCCGCCGUCGUCGCCCGGCAAGGAUGACCGUGCUUUCGAGUUCACAACCAGCAGUUCGAGGAAGAGCCGUUUCAUCUACCAGGCUUCCCUCGACGACUCCGAGGACUUCCCGAGCUUCAGGAAGGGCGACGCCGACAUCCGUCCCCGGGCGUCCACCCUCGAGGGAAACUCGCAGCUGAACGCCCCGCUCCCGACCGUCUUCAAGUGGGAAGGCGGUGGGAAGGACGUGUGCAUUAGCGGCACCUUCACCAACUGGAAGCCCAUCCCGAUGGUGCACAGCCACGGCGACUUCGUCGUCAUCCUCGACGUCCCCGAGGGUGACCACCAGUACAAAUUCAUGGUGGACGGCCAGUGGGUACACGACCAAAACGAACCGACCGUGGACAACGACCUCGGCACCAAGAACAACCUUAUCAACGUCAAACAGUCCGACUUCGAGGUCUUCGAGGCGCUGGCCAUGGACAGUGUGAACUCGGGAAGCGGCGCGCAGAGCGUCUCCGGCUCACCACCGGGCGACUACGGCCAGGAGCCGCCGCAGCCCAAGCCGUACGAGAAGUCGACGGGACCGCCCGUGCUGCCUCCGCACCUGCUCCAGGUGAUCCUGAACAAGGAUGUCCCCGUGCGGUGUGAGCCCACCCUGCUGCCGGAGCCCAACCACGUCAUGUUGAACCACCUGUACGCACUGUCCAUCAAGGACGGAGUCAUGGUCCUCAGUGCAACGCACAGGUACCGCAAGAAGUACGUCACCACGCUGCUCUACAAGCCCAUCUGAAAACGGGAGGGAGAGCCAGCCACCGCCACAAAGCCGCUGCUGGACUUUCGUUACCUUGAUCGUGUCAAAUGAUUGUAUAUUGUUCCGACCUAUUACUCAUAGCCCAGAUCCAGCCCUUUUUUUUUCUUUUUCCCUCCGCCCCUGCCUUAUGUUCCGAGCACUAGGAUGUUAUAAUUGCCAUGCAGUUGUUGUGUUUAUUAAAGUUUAUUAAGUUGAA